AUAUUAUACGUUAGAGGUGAUAACCAACAAAAAAGACAGGCUUUGUCUUAACAGAAAUGGGAAGCGAAUGGUACAAUGGAGGAAGAUCCACUUGUUCCUCUAAACGCAAGAAAAAAUCCAAUGAAACUAAUGGCUGCGUCACUGCACUUUACCACUUUUUUCAUUUCCACCAUUUUUACUUUCCUUCACGUCAUCAUCACCACCAACCUAGUGUUGAUUCUCACUCAAGAAAUCCAAAAGGCUUGGUAGCGCCACGAAACAGCUUGGACUUAACAGAGGAGUCUCCAUUAUCAACCAACUACAAGCUGGAAAACGAAAGCUUAAACAUCCAUGUGGGCAGGAAAAAUUCAACACUUAGAGCUCUUCUCGUUGAUACAUCCUCUAACAACUGCAACUCACCUCGCACCAAGACACCAAACGUUGUGGCUAGACUCAUGGGUCUUGAUCUUCUUCCUGAUAACUUGGACCUUAACAGAUCACCAAGGAAUGGAGUAAGAAGGCAUAAACUCUCCGGGACUGGCUCAGGGACACGAUCACUACCUGCAAGCCCUAGGAUCUCCUCUGAUUCCGAAAAUCGCCGCCUCUCCCUUCAGCUAAACAGAGAGAAUAAGCAUGAAGAGUUUGCACGUAGGAGGCUGAAAGAGUUGAAACAAGAUGAGCAAAGUCCACGUCCAACACAUAAUGGGAGGCAAAUAAAAGAGAGGGUCACCACCACAAAAUUUGGUAUGGAUAUAACAAACUUGCUUGUGAACAAAAGGGCAGGAGCAGCAGCACAAAAUAGGAUUGAGCAUAGCAGGUUUUCACAGAAAGAGAACACAACACGCACUAAUCCCACAAUCGUUUCAAGACAAGAUCACAUCUCUCAGCAACCAAAAAAGGUGACUCUUUCAAAAGAUUUCAAGGAUAACCUGAAGCGAGCAAACGAACAGUCAGUAAGACCUAUCACUGGAUGGAAGAAAACAGAGAGUGAAGCAAAAGUCUCUCCUCAUCCAACACCCAAUAAUCGAAACAAGCAGAGAAAGGCCUUCAUCUCUAUAUCAACACCCUCAAAAUCUAGUGAUUGCUGUGAUAUUAUAAAGAGGAAGCAAUGCAAGAAAAUAUCUGUAGCAUCAUCAGGUUUCUCUGCCACAGAACGUCCUCGGAAACAGAUAAAAAGAGCUGAAGAACCGGAGCGGAAGGCAGAUGCGACGAUAUGCUCUGGUCAAAUGUACAAGUACGAGAAGAAGCUUCCUCAAGAACCGCCAAGUUCCAAUUUUUACGAUUCGACCACCAUUACUGCUACCUUAGCCAACGUAAGAGACACCAAAAAAUAUACUUCGGGGACGAAGAAACUUGAAGAGGAACAGGAAUGGGUCGUCGCAGAGAUUGAGCGGCAUAUCGUAGACGCCCUCGUGGAGGAAAUGGUGGAAACGACGUCGUUUAUGGGUCUAAACGCAAACGCUGUUAGAUUUGUGAGGCAUUGAGGAAUGCGGACUUUGGUUAUAUUAAAACAGCUUCUGCGUU